AUGCCUGUCUUGACUAGAAAGCGUAAGGCUGAGCUUGAGGCUGCAGAGAGAGUACCAGAACAACCGUCACCGGAAACUGAGCAUGCAGCGGAGGAACAUCUCUCUAAACGCCAGAAGCGUGAUGAUCCCUUCAAAAGAAUAGACCCAUUCCGCCCUCUUUCACCUCGCCCCAAGACAGUGUUGCGCCGACGCGACCAGAUGAAGCUUUUCAUGUUGAAGAAAAAGCCUUUCAAGCCGCAGCGUCCACUGCCUACCGUAUUCUUCACCGUGCCAGAAGCUGACCCGGCCCGACAAAUCUCGGCUAAGAGCCGAAGUACCAAUGAUGUAGACACCAUCAUAGCUACCAAGUCUCUCUUUGAACACGUAGAUAAAUAUGGCGUCGAAGCGAUGCCGAGCCGAGAGACUCUUGAGAGCUGGCUCAGAGAGAAUAAGGAUGAGUUCAUCCAAGCCAGGGAGAAGCGAGCUCGGCAACAACCCACCCCUACUCGCCGCAUCCAGGCGGAAGGCCAGGUCAUAGGCCCCAUUAGACCCGAACUAGAAACUCCAGCUGCCCAUCAUCCAGCUGCGAGACCUCCUACAAACCAACCUGUGGCUCCGGUAGCCAACGGCGGAAUAGUUCGAAGAGUGAUUCGCCGUGCUCGUCGCACUGUUAAUCGCCUCUUAAACAGAGCUGUGGCUGUCCUGGACGAGACUUUACCUGCAGAGACGGUUCUCGUGAGACAUAUACAUGAAGAUCAUCAAGUGUGCCCCGGUCACCCACUACAACUCGUCCAGCUCGCCCGUAUGGGUAUAGAGCCUGAGCAUGUUAGACCGAUAGCACCCCCUCUAGACCCUCGCUUCUUCCACCCGAACGGACAAUUGCAUUCCGUCUACAAGUAUCUCACCGCUCAGAUUCCCCUCCCGCGACAGUGGACGAGAUGGGCCUUGAACAACGGUAUCACGGACGUCCCCGGACGAGGAAAUAUUGGCGACCAUGGAACGUAUGUCGCUGACGACACUUUUGACUAUGACGCGUUAUACCAAGCCAUUCACCGUGGCCACUUCAGGACAGGGCGGAUAGAGAUCGAUUCCCACACAGACCAUUGGCCGGGGGUCGAAGGACGGAAAGAUGAUGUGGUCGUGGAUCUCGAGUUGGAUGAGUUCCGUGCACCGAAGGAGGAGGAGGAGGAGGAGGAGAAAUACAGCCAUCAGUUAAGGAAGGAGCAGGGUGCGCCGCCGUCGCCGUCAUCGCACAUGUUACCUCAUGGAUCACCAGGUCCGCCUCCCUCUUGCUCCACGUAUCGUCUCCCAGACAGCUUCUCCGACACGACGGAUUGCUCUACGACACAGGCGGAUUGA